AUGGCGUGCCCGGUGACGAUGAUGAGGAGGGAGGAGGUGGCGGCAAGAAUGAACAAGGAGAAGAAGAAGGGGGCUCCAGGCAUGCCUCUGAAAGCUUCUGAGAGAGAUGUUUAUGAGUUUUUCUCACAAGUCGGGAAGGUGAGGGAUGUUCGCUUGAUUGUGGAUAGGAACUCAAGAAGGUCAAAGGGAUUUGGGUAUAUUUCUCUUUCAUACACGUAUAUAGACACACAAACAAGAGACUUGUCUGGUGUUGCAGGAGCUGCUGAAAGAAAGAUUUAUGUUGGAAACCUUCACUAUAACAUUACAGAAGAGCAACUUCGCCAGAUCUUUGAACCAUUUGGGACUGUGGAUCUUGUUCAAUUACCACUUGAUGAAACAGGGCAGUGUCGAGGUUGUGGAUUCAUUCAAUUUGCUCAGCUUGAGCAUGCAAGGGCUGCUCAAAGUUUAAAUGGGAAAUUGGACAUUGCUGGCCGCAUCAUAAAGGUUUCGGCUGUUACAGAUCAUGUCACUGUGCAAGAGACUGGGACAACUACUGUCGAGUUUGAUGAUGAAGAUGGUGGUGGUUUGACACUAAAUGCUCGUUCUAGAGCUAUGCUUAUGCAGAAGCUGGAUCGCACCGGAACUGCUUCUAGUAUUGCGGAGUCACUUGGAGUUCCAAUUCUUAAUGGUGCAGCUCCCAUCCAGCAAUCUCUCAGUGUGCCUGUUAAUGGCGUAUCCAUCAACCCUGCUGUGCAGCAAGUUCCAGCUAUGGUGGAGCCAACUGAAUGCUUAAUGCUGACAAAUAUGUUUGAUCCAAGCACUGAGACGGAGCCUGACUUUGAUUUUGAUAUUAAAGAGGACGUACAAGAAGAAUGUUCCAAGUAUGGCCAUGUCAAGCAUAUCUUUGUAGACAAGAACAGCCAUGGCCCUGUAUAUCUUCAAUUUGACAGUGUCGCAGCAGCUUCAAUCUGUCAGCGUGCUAUGCAAGGUCGAUGGUUUGCAGGAAGGUCAGUCACAGCCACUUGCAUGAUAUUCAGCUUACUGAACCAAAUCUAUAGGUGA